AUGUAUACUUAUGGCUGGCAACGGGCGGAAACACUUGGUGCCUUGGUCAACGGGGUAUUUUUGGUCGCCCUAUGCAUGUCGAUCUUCUUAGAGGCGACUCAGCGAUUGGUGGAGCCGCAGGAGGUGCAGAACCCCAAGUUGGUCUGCAUUGUUGGUUGCUUUGGCCUUCUUUCAAACAUCCUGGGCUUAGCCCUCUUUCACGACCACGGCCAUGCGCAUGGCCAUUCUCACGGACAUGAUCACGGUCACGCCCAUGAUGAAGAUAUCGAAUCGGGUCACGCCGAUCAUGAGCACAGCCAUUCGGUGGUCACUGAUCACCAUAUCAAUGGCCACAACCACCCCGAUGCUCCCUUGCAACAUAGCAUUCCGCACCCCGCCACUGACCCCGCUUCGCCGUCUCGGAAGCGCCGCGUGGCAGACUCCCAAAGCCGUACCUCGAGACGAUACAGCACCUCCGGCUUGGCGAGCGUCGAGGACAUCUACGUGCAUCCCGCUACUAUGCGACAGGAUAUCAUUGCCGCCAGCCGGGGCUCCUUUGGCAAUGCAGACUCGUCCGACUCGGACACCCGAGACGACGAAACCCCAACUGAACACUCCGGCCUCCUCCGCCAUCGCGACCGCGCCUCCAAUUACACCGAUGAGGAUGCCGGUCCGUUGAUGGCGCCAGGCCCUGUUGAGGAUGACUUGCACAAGCACCACAAUCACGCCCAACCUAAGCCUAAGGGCCAAAAGGGUGGUCACAAUCACGACCUAAACAUGCGUGGAGUCUUCCUACACGUUAUGGGUGAUGCUCUUGGCAAUAUCGGUGUGAUCGCCUCCGCGUUGGUAAUCUGGUUGACCGAUUAUGAUUGGCGUUUCUACGUGGACCCGGGUAUUUCCCUGGUCAUCACCCUCAUCAUUCUUGCCUCUGCGAUUCCUCUUUGCAAGGCCGCGUCGCGAAUCCUGCUGCAGGCUGUGCCCGCGGGCCUUAGCAUUGACCACAUCAAGGAAGACAUUGAAGGACUUCCAGGUGUCAUUGGCUCUCACCAUCUUCACGUGUGGCAGCUGAGCGAUACGAAGGUCGUAGCCUCUAUUCACAUCCAGGUGGACACGGAAAUCAAGGGCGAGGGGUCGGAGAGAUAUAUGCGUCUCGCCCGUCAAGUUCGACGAUGUCUCCAUGCCUACGGCAUCCACUCCUCAACCAUUCAGCCAGAGUUUGCCCCCGACAGCGAUACUGAAGAGGGACAGAACUUGACCCAGGCAUCCUCGUCUCGACCGGGCGCUGAUGAUGCGAACCACAGCCAAGCCGCUAGCUUGCGGGAUGGUGACUCUCAAGCCUGUCUCCUUGAGUGCGACGACAAUUGCGCCCAGGGUGGCCAAUGCUGCCCACCAAAGUGA